CUUUUAUAGCACAUUAUCCAUAAAGACUGGCUAGUCGGGUUGGCUGUUUUGACAGUCGCCCCAUCGCGUUUAGUAUAGUGCCAUCUCUGUCUGGCACACUUGGCAUUUGGAUUUAUUCGCCCCGUGUUAAAAUCAAGAGAGUUUUUAAGAUUUAUCCUAUAUAGAAAAUUGGUGUAAUCGCUCCAGAAGAAUACAGCAAUUGCCGUAGUUGCAACAGCUGCUUACCCGUUGCAGUUUGAUUGAAGGAAAACACGAUCAAAAUUCCGGUCUCCACGCGUUCGAGAGGCUUCCCACGGGUGCCGCAUUUCACUGAGUCCUCAGACGACAUGAACAAGAAGAAAAAUCGCCAAGUUCCCACAAGGCUGCACCAGAGGUCGCGGUCGGUGGUAGCCACGGAUGGCGUCUACAACAACUCCUACUUCAUGCACGCAGCCACUUCGCAUGUUGGGAACACGGUCCAGCUACUGACCCGCUCUGGGGUCACCUUUGAGGGCAUCUUCCGGACAUUCUCGCCACAGUUUGAGGUUGUCCUCGAGAUGGCACAUCGCGUAGAGGCGCCAGAGAAGGAGGAGGCCAACUUCAAUGCAUCCACCGUGGUGGAUACGCUAAUCUUCAAAUCGACCGACAUCGUCAGUAUUCUAGCCAAAGAUGUUGACUUAGACUAUGCCACUCGGGACUACUUCCAGACGGACUCUGCUAUCUCUUCACGGUGCAACGGUUCAUCUCGAGGUGAAGAUAAGGAACUGGAGCCAUGGGAUCCGGCCAGUGGCACUGUAAAUGGCGAGAUGGAGUUCCUCCUUGAGUUGGAUGGCAAUGCAAAUGGUUGGGAUGCGAAUGACAUGUUCCACAAGAAUGAGACAAUGUAUGGUGUUCAGUCGACAUUUGAUCAAUCGUUGGCGGGCUAUACUAUUCAAAUCCAGAAGAAGGAUACACAAGAUUUUAAGGAUGCAGAGGCAAAAGCUGAGGAGAUAGCUAAGGAAAUUGAAAAUCAUCCGAUGCACAAUGAGCGCGUGGAUGUUGAGAAUGGUGACGAAGAGGCGGCCUUUGCCUCUGUGGAGAGACCUAGCACAAGUAGUCCUGAUGCAAAUGUGUCAAAGGGACCGUCAACGAAUACACAGAAAUAUGUGCCUCCGGCGAAGCGCAAGGGACAGUCAACUGGCAAGCUAGUGCGAAGUACACCACCGCCAAGCAACAAUAAUGGGCCUCAGAUACCGCAGAGUCCACAGGCACCACACAAGAAUAAUAAUUACCAGGCGAUAGGCAUGGUUCAGGCGGCGCCUCAGCAGCAGCCGCCGCCGCCGCAGUCACAGCAGCAACCCCAAAUAAGUGCGACUCCACAACAAUAUAUUCACACUCAACCACCAUAUAUGCACAGUCAACCUCCUCCGAUUGUGGUGGGCUCUAAGAUGAAUGGCGAUGGCGCUAAUGUAAGCGGAAAUCAACAGAAAGCUCAAAUGCCUCCGCGGAAUAUUCGGCAGCAAUACCAACCACAGGCAGCCGCACCCCAAGUUGCCUAUACUGAGCCACCGCCCUCGAUGGUGGGACCCCAGGCGAUCCAGAGCCAGAUGCCGACCAUGGGGAAACCGCCGAUGCAUGUGGCUCAUCCUCAUGCUCAUGUUGUGGCCACCCACAUGGCUCCACCGCCUCCGGGUCCCGGUGAGGCCAUGUCGCCACCGGGGAUAGUGCACCAGAUUAUUCCGGUGCCGCAGAAGUUAGUGUCAGCACCGCCGCAGCCACAGAGGACGCCACGUUCGCGUGAGGAGCAAGUGCAGGAGUUUAGGAACUUUAAGGAGAAUUUCCAUUUGGUACCAUCGCCGUCUGCACACCAGCAUCCUCAGUCGGAUCAUUCACCGCCUCAGAUGCCGGUGCAGGUGCCACAGCAGCCGCCGCCGCAGGCACAACAAGUUGCUGUGAUAGACAAUGCGACAGCAGCGAAAUCUCAGCAUCAGCCACCGUCUCCUCCGCAGGAAAUGCAGCAAAUGGCGCCACCGCCACAAAUGAUAAACACGCAGGCAAUGCCGCCGUCUGUAGUGACGGUGCAAUCGCCACAGCAGCCGCCGACGCAGCAGCAGGCACCGCAGGGUCAGGUGCCACAGUCGCAGCCGCCGUUGGCCGUGACUCCUUCGUCUGGCGCUCCAUCGGCGUCCACCACACCGCCACAGCAGGUGCAACAGUGCGGUGUGGUGUCUGCGAGCCCUGCAGACGUAAAUUCUGGGGCCCCAGAAAAGCCGGCGGGAACGAAGAAGUUCGUACUUAAUCCGGCUGCCAAGCCAUUCACGCCACGCAGUCCGAGCACGCCGAAUCCGUCGCGGCCACACACACCCCAGACGCCAGGGCCGGCAAUUGUUCAAGGGGCGGCCUCAGCUGCAGCCGGCGGAUAUCCGCAGCCUGCCCAACAUGUGGCCACAGCGCCCACAUCCCUAAUGACGAUCCCCACAUACGUGGUGCCGACUCAACAGGGACCCUUUCAGACUUCACAGCAUCACCACGCUGGUCAACCGAGUAGAUAUCGCAAGACGGCUUCAGAAGUGGGAUACAGUUCGAGUGCACCGAGAUGGGAUCGACGGAACUUGUCGUAUCCAGUGCAAGUUCAAGCAUCGCAAAUUCAGGUGCAAGCGGCUACAGGAACACCGAUUUUGGCGGCAGCUCCCAUUCAACAGUUCAUGCCGUAUCCACAAGCUCCGCAUCACCCACAACAAUUCCAUUCACAACCUUAUCAACACAUGAUGCGAAUGUACUCCGAUGCACCGCAUCAGCCACCUCUUCAAUAUCUGGCUCCGACGCCCCCGUCGACGACGCCAUCGCCUGGACAGCCGCAUCAGCAGUAUCACCCGCAGCCGUCCCCUGCUGGCGGGGGACCGCCCGCUUUCACGCCCACUGGCCCGCAGACGCCGCAGUUCCAGAUGAUGUGCCCCGUGAUCACGGCGCCGCCCCAGCUCAUGCCACAGUACUUCCAGGGUACGGGCCAGCCUCCGCACGGCAACAUUCAGGUGCUGAUGGGACACCAGCAUCCGGCGCAGUAGCAUAGUGAGAUGGGGGCAGUGGGGCGUAGCGGGGCGACGACGACAGUUGCGACGGCGGGCGGCGGGGUGGCAAUGGUAGCGAGUGCAGGCGGCGGAGGGAUGAAUGUUGUGGCGGCGAACGUGGGCAGCCAGUCGAAUGGCGUGAGUAUUAUGGCAGGUGGCAAUCUGGGGGGCAGUGGCGUGUCCGGCGGUGGCGCAUAUUUAGGACAUUUCACCAAAUGAUAGAACUCUCAUAUUUCUUUUCCUUCACAAACACACUCAUACACACCUUAUAAAAGCUCAUUCUCGCGAGAUCAUCUCAUAGAGUCAAUACAACAUUGAGCAUAGUACAUCCCCUACAUCAAAACAUUUACACUGUUCACUGGAAGGAUGAUGGAGAAAUGCGUAGAGAGAUGCAACAGAGACGGAUUUUUGCUGUACAGAUAAAUCGCGAUGGUGAGAGAAAAGGGGGCAAAAAAAAUAUGGAAAAAUCUGGAAAAUGAAAGAAUUAACAUUUAUCGCCUUACAAUGAGAAAUACUGCAUUCAUUCUUUGUCAUUUUCCUGUAAUGAGAUUUUAUCCUUUAAGAGGUUGAGAAUGAGUAAAUAGUAUGAUAUAAAAUAUGUAAGAGAUGAUGAUACAAAAGCUGCUUCGACAACAAAAUAUUGAAGAAAAUAAAACAAAACACAAAUAGCGAAGGAAAACCAGUGAAAUGUGAAAAAAAAAAUGUUACAGAGAUUUAACAUAACUUUGUGUAGCUUACCAUUCAAUGUCUUUUCGUUCAGCGUAAAUGUUAUAUUUGGUUUUCUGGUUUUGAUGGAUAAAAGCAAAAUGAAGCACAUUUAAAAAAAAUGUCUAUGAGAAAAAGUAAAAAGCUUCUUCGUGCCUUAGAUAGGGAGAAACUAUACAGAUGAAAAAAAAUGGGUAAUGCAUAAUACAAAACAGUUGCAGAAAACACUAUUUUGUAGUGAUAAAAUUAUAUAAUUUCGCAAAAGUUUGCAUACACAAAGAAUCAUAUUUUGCUCGAUUAAUAAAAAAAAAACGAUACAGCAAUAACUUCAAAAUUCAUUUCGUUUUUUUUUUAGUUACUCUUAAAGAUAGGAAAUGAGAAACAGCGGAGCAGUAACAAUUUGAUAGAUAAUGCAAAAAGAUAAAAUCUCUUAAAUUAAAACAAAUCAUUAAAGCACUUUUUUUUAGAGAACAUUCCUUGCUGAGAAGACAUCUUAUUUGAAGAAUAAUAUUGAAUGCGACGAAAUUCAUAAUAUAAACUGUAUGGUUUGAAUAAGGUACAUUUAUAUACAUUAUUAUGCAUAUUUAAAACAGCAAAUAUCCUUCUUCUGCACAUUAUGUUGCAAGAAGACACGGGAUAAAGUAAUAAAGUUUAUAAUUCACUCAUUUCGCCAUCAUUUUUCAUUUCAUUUCACGUUAAAAAGAUUUUUUUUUGUGGGAACGAGAAUGAAAGCUGUCUUUUACGCAAAUGUCAUGCAUGAAACUCAUUUGAGAAGGAGAAAAAUAUCCCUCUUUAUGUAUAGGAAAAAAAAACAAAACACAAAACAAUAAGAACGACGAUGAAAAUAUCAGACAAAACACUAAUAAUAAUUUUUGGGAGCAGGAUAAAAAUGAAAAAAAAUGUUGAGUGUAUUCAGUUGAGCAGAGAAUAUUUUCUCCCAAUUAAAUUGUAAAAAAAACAGUGGGUGAAUGUUGCCGAUGCUGCAAAUAUCAUAAUUCAGAAUGAUAUUGAAAUACAAAAUGGAACACAUUAAAUUAUAUAUAAAUGAUAAAACAAUGAAAAACAAGAGAAACAAGAAGCAAUCUGUGAACGUGAAAGCAAAAAAGAUAAAACUUUUACCAACAAAAACCCUUGCAAAUCCUGAUUGUCUUAGAAAAAAUUUCUGUAGAGUGAAAGAAAGUGUCUAGAGAUGCUGAUGAGAAAGAUUAAUGGGGAAAAUGUUACUGGGAAAAGUGGGAAAAAACAAUGCAGAUAAAUUGUCAUUAUUGCGAUACUGAGAAUGGCGGGAGAGAUCUGUUUUAAACGUAUAAAAAAGUGAAAAUUAAGACGAAUACCGUAUAAAAGAAUAUUUUAUCUCGGAUGAUUCUCCUCGAUUUCCAAUGUUUAUUUUUCUUUCCUAGAUGAUGAAUGCUCGUGUACGGGAGAAAUACGUUAAAAAAAAAACAAAACUACACUGAUGAGAAUAAAAGACGAUAUUGCAUUAAUGACGAAUGAGAUAGCAAAUGAUUAACCCUUGAUGAUAAAUUGUAGGAAGAGGAGGAAAAAAAGAUUGCAAGAACAUCAUUGCACAGGAAAAUCCAAUACAAAUAGACUUUUACACGAGACACAAGUUCGUGGACGAAGAUAAGAGAAGAAUUGCUAAACAUCAGUAAGUAACUGAAAGAACUGUGUUACAAUGAAAGAAGAAGAAGAAGAAGAAGAGAAAAUCAAUUGAAGAGAAGCAUGAAAAAUGUACAUGAUCAAGCUAACAUAAAUAUUCGUGACGGGAAAAGAACAGCAGAGAGAGAGAACAAUUGAAAGAUUCAUUAAAGUCAGGUGUGAGAGUCGCGAAUUAUCGAAGGUGCGAAAUGCGGUUGAAGGGGACAGUCAGAUAGAUGGGAAGAUCAGAAAAUGUUAGCUUGAUAAAAUGAGAAAAUUUUGUAUUUAACAUCCAAGAAGAAAAAGAAAAUAAAUUAUAUAAAACGCCA